AUGAGUAGGUCGCAGGAUACCGUCAUCGAUGAUGACGAGGAGACUUGCCCACUCUGCAUCGAAGAGUUUGACCUAUCCGACAAGAACUUCAGACCGUGUCCUUGUGGCUACCAGAUUUGCCAGUUCUGCUUCAACAGUCUUAAGACUACUUACGAAAAGAGUACCUGCCCGAACUGUCGAAGACCCUACGAUGAAAAGACCAUUCAGUACAAAAUCCCGACGGCUGAAGAAUUCAAACUCGAUCAACUAAACAAAAAUAAAAAGCAAGCCGCAGCCAAACGAAAAGAGACGGAGAAGCGAGAGGUCGAAAAUUCAUCACGUCGCAAUCUCGCUGGUGUGCGUGUCAAGCAACAAAAUCUUGUCUACGUUAUCGGCCUCAUUCCGCAGAUCAAAGAUGAACAAGCACUGCUCCAGACUCUGCGCGGUCCAGAAUAUUUUGGUCAGUACGGCGAAAUCGAGAAGAUCGUAGUUAGCAAAGCCAAACCAGGUGCUGCAAACCAAGGAAUUGGUGUCUACGUUACAUAUGCUCGCAAAGAGGACGCGGCUCUCUGUAUCAACACUGUCGAUGGUUCUCUCAACGGCGAUCGCGUUCUCAGGGCGCAAUUUGGCACUACCAAGUACUGCUCGGCCUAUUUGCGAGGGGAAACAUGCACCAACAAAAACUGUAGCUUCCUCCACGAGACCGGCGAAGAUGGUCAACACAGCUCAUUGCAAAACGAACCCCAUGGCGCAAAACUACCUACUCGACCUGUCGUGUCGGCCCAGCCUUCGCAAAUGAACCCUCCACCUCGACCACAGUCAGCGGCACAAAAUGCGAACACACAGCCAAUGGCUCGGCAAGGUAGCAAAGAAAAUGAUGACAGCAGGAAGAACUCGCACGAUGGUUCUGCCCUACCCUCCACUGCCAGCUGGGCUGCUGCGAAUGCUUCCGUCGCGCGAACAAGGCGAGCAAGCCAAAGCAAUAGCAGGGCUACCCCAAGUCCCCAAACCACUCACGCUUCGCUCGCCGCUCAGAAGCCGGAUGAGCACAAAGCUAAGGAGCCUCUUGUCAGUCAGCCAUCUACCUCGGCCGCUCCCCCGAAGACGACAUUCCAGCCAGAACAAAUAGUUUCCAAACCGAAGCCGAAACCAAUGGACCCGAUACAAAAACAAUACGAGGAGGUCCUCCGAUGUGUAUCACGGAGUUACCGAUUCAUCUACGACGACUCGUGUCUCAGUCCAGAAGCUCGCGCCGCGGUUGACGACAUGCCCUGUUUUAUCGACCCUUACGGUGGUGCCAAACGCCGCGCCAUGCGAGAGAAAGAAGAGGCCGAGCGCGCAAAGCUAGAGGCCGAAACCAAAGCCAAACUCGAGGCGCAGGCCACAUCAGCCGCAGAAGAAACACUGGAUGAAGACAAUAUUGUUGCUGGUAGCCUUGCUCUAGGUGGCGAACCAGAAGAUGAUCCAAGAGGUUCUUCAGCACGUGGAGCAAUCGGACGCCCGGCCCAAUCUCUGAGCGACCAGUUUUCGACUAUGGGGUUGAAUAAUCGGAGCCUAACCCCUCAACAGCGACAACAAUUGGCCCUCCUCAACACCGGCAACCUGCCACAGGCUCCGGGUCUCAAUCAACCCAGCUCCCAGAAUAUCGCCUUCGAGAUGUCAGACUUUGAGAGAAGAGGACCACAGUACAGCCAAGCCCAGUACGAACAGAUUAGCAGUCAUCAACGCCACGGUUCCCGAUACUUCAACAAUGAUACCAAAGCUGCCACCACCAGUCGCUUUCAAGGACAGCAGCAGAGCUUCUACUCCAGUGGGGUUCAAGGACCUCCUCCCGGGCUGCCAACGGCUGGGACCCCUCCGGUUAGUGGCGGCGGCAUGUUCGCCCAUGGCCAGAAUUUCACCAACCCUGGGUUUGGAACUUCCAAAGAUAUCAACGCGGAAGUUUAUUCGAGGAAUCGCAGUGGAACAAAUCAAGGUCAUGAUCUGUCUAAGCGAGGUGGUGUAGAGCAUCUUGCAGACCCGAGUAUUGCGUCAGUGAGAGUCCAGCAGAGCAAUACGACAGGGCAGGGGCUGUUUGGGGGUAAUCAAGUGGAUGAGAAGAACUUUCCGCCUCUGCCAGCUCGCCCGGAUUCACAGCCUCCACAUUUACACUCUCGGGUCUCGUCCUUCCAGAGUCAUUACAGCUCGGGUCUACGGUCAUCUACACCCAAAGUCCCGCCAGGAUUCGAGCUCAGCCAUGGACACCCCGCUCCCAUUAGGUCGGUGUCUCCUACCCAGCCUGGCCAGGCAGUUGGACAACGAAGCACUUCAAUCAGUUCUGUACCUAUCGCACCAGCAGUGCCAAUCGUACCCUUGACAAAUCGCACAUCAACUCCGAAGCCAAAGGGAUCCGAUCCGCCGAAAGAAGACAGCAAGGUCAUGCCGGUUGACGAUGCACCUAUCUCGAGCAAGAAGCCCAGCACCGGAGUAAACGAAAUUAGUCUGGGCUCGCCCAAACCGAAGUCAAGUCGUCAAAAGUCUGAGAUUGAGAAGAAGCUGGAUGUGGCAGAGAAGGUUGAAGAGAAAACUCGGAAGAAAGAUGACUCCCGGACUCUUGGAAAGGUUGAGGACACUAAGGGCAAAGGGAAAGCCCCAGCGGCGAAACCUGGGAAGAUUGAUUUACCUCAGGGAAUCGCCUCAGAUGCCCCGACUAACUCGCCGCUGCCAUCUGUCAACGCUAGUGGUUUGGAUAAGUCUGCUACACCGAUUUUGGACUCCGCCGUCGUCGGCACACCGGCGACAAUGAGCCCCCGGCCGGUUACUCCUGUUACUACAACUCCGUCGGAAACAUCCAAGACAUCGAUGCCCCGACCCAGAACUCUGCGCGUAACGACUGGAAUGGUGACAAAAACGCUGGAGCAGACCCCUGCUUCUGCCACGACCGAGAAAUCCAGCGCUGUGCCUCCCAUUUCGGCUAUGAAGAAAGGCUCGAGGCGACCUUCGCUCUCUUCGGCCCAGCUUAGUAGGCCUUCAACUCCAGCAAUGUCUGAGCGCCCUUCUCAUGACGCUUCCCGUGCCAGCUCUCCUCCACCCAGUAUAGUUGGUUCUGCUCCAGAACGAAACAAAAGCAAGGCCCAACUAAAGAAAGAACGGCGAGAGAAGUCUAAAAAGACGACUGAUACCAAUGACAAUGUUCCAAGUGCUGCCACUACCCCCGUAGUGGAAGAAGUUGCUCCGGUCAUUGCUCGGCAAAAGAAACAGAAGAAGCAACGACUGGAGAGUGGCACCCCGGCUAGUGGUGACGAGAAGGCGAAACCAAAGUCGCAGGAGAUCGGCACGAAGACGCAAGAAACGAUCGAGAGACAGAACAUGGCAACUAUUGGGAAUGCGGCGGGCCAAAAGAAGACAGAGGAGAAAGACAAGGCCUCUCUUCUCGCUUCGCAGCAGGCCGAAAAGUCUGCAAGUCAGUCUCAAAAACCAGGCACUCCUCGAACAGCAACACCAAAGCAGGAGUCUGCAGCUAGAGUUGACGAGGCCAAGGGCACGUACACGAUGCGCGACCUGUACAAUGAAGCAGAGAAGAUGGCCGCAGCCAAUGACGGCCUUUCGACCCACGCCGCCAUGCAAAAACUGCUCAACGAGCAUAUUUCCUCGAUGCCCAAAAUCUUCUCCUCACUCAUCCAAAUGGGGGACCUUUCUAGGGAACACCCCUGGCUCAAUCCGCCCUCUUUCAACUCGGCCACAUACAAAUUACCGCCAGACUCCCGACGUGGCCAAGAGUACCUGGACGGCAACGGAUACAGUGCCAACGAUGCGUUUGGGUAUAUCUAUCUGCCACUCAAGGAGAAGCAAGCAUUGAAGGAUGGCAAUGCCGUGAGUGUUGCAGAUGCAGGAGAGCGAAAAGAUGAUCUGCUGAAGAGAUGUUUGGUGACGCCGAAUGGAUGGGUCCUGAGGCAUCUCAGCGCUGACGAGGGUGAAAAGCUCCUCGAACUCGAGGAAAGACGCCAAAUAUACCUCGAGGAGUUUGGGGAUUUGGGCACCAUGGCCGGGUUGGGUGUGCUUGAAACCGAUGACUACACCAACCUCGGCGGUGGCAUGGAGAGGCUUGCCCGACAUGGUGAGCGGCACGGUGUUGUUUGGAUCAUGGGGGAGGAUGGCGAAAUGGUUGAUGACGACGAGUUUGAGCCAUUCGACGACGAAGACGGCGAGAUUGAUGGUGAGAUCGGCGAUAGCGACGAAGAAGGGGAAGAGGAGGAAUACGGCGAAGGGGAUAGCCUGGAUGUCGAGGGAGGGGAAAGCUUUGAAGCCGACGACUCAGUAAACAUGCCAGGUGGCUGGGACCUCCCCCCUCGGGAUCCUCAUCAUGCUCCUAGAGUUGGGUCUGGCGGGCGGAUUAAUUCUCUGCCUGGGUUGGGUCCGCAUUCUAGGACGAAUGCUCUGCGCUUGCCUUCGAGAGGUCCACCGAUCGGCCAGGAAGAUCCUGUGCAACAGGACAAUCGUGCCACUGCUGGUCCAAGCACGGCUCCCCAAAACGCCAGCAAACAAUCCCCCGCAGCGUCAGCAACAAAUGCAGCAAACGCAACAACGACAGAAAACGUUAACGUGCGUCUUCUUGACGCUGAUGCUCUGCAAAAACGCGUCCAAGAAUCACAAAAGGCGCUCGAUGCAGCGCGCAAAGAGAUGGAGAAGGCUGAGAAACUUUGGAACAAGAAGGCAAAGGACAUUGGCCGGUGGAGAGAGGGUCUCAUCGGGUCGUUGGGAGUGAAGGGCUAG